AUGGAUGUAGAGGCCCUCAUCCAGCAAUUGACCCUUGAGGAAAAGGUCCAGCUUACAGCAGGAGUCGGAUGGUGGCACACAGCAGCAAUUGAACGCCUCUCAAUACCCCCAAUCCGCCUCUCAGACGGCCCCAACGGCGUGCGAGGAACUCACUUCUUCGACAGCACCCCAUCAUCAUGUCUUCCCUGUGGCACCGCUCUAGGCGCAACAUGGAAUACUGACCUAAUCUACCGUCUGGGUCGAUUACUCUCAGACGAAGCCCACGCCAAAGGUGCGCACGUCCUUCUUGGUCCGACCGUCAAUAUCCAGAGAGGGCCAUUAGGCGGAAGAGGCUUUGAGUCUUUCUCCGAAGAUCCUGUUCUUUCGGGUAUCUUGGCGGGGCAUUAUGUACGUGGUGUGCAGAGAAAUGGUGUUUCUGCUACGAUGAAGCAUUUUGCUUGUAAUGAUAUGGAGAGUGCUAGAAUGGCUGUUGAUGUACAGAUUACGGAACGGGCGUUGAGAGAGGUGUAUCUUCUUCCGUUUAUGAUUGCUGUUGAGAUGGCGAGUCCGAGAGUUUUCAUGACGGCAUAUAACAAAGUUAACGGCACACAUGCCCCAGACAACCAUCACUUGCUGCAAGAUAUCCUGCGCGAUGAGUGGAAGUGGGAUGGACUAGUUGUGAGCGACUGGUUCGGAACCUACAGUACGACUGAGGCGAUCAAUGCGGGACAAGAUCUCGAAAUGCCGGGUCCUACAAGAUGGCGUGGGGAGACUUUGGUUCACGCUGUUACGUCGAAUAAAGUCAAGAGGUCAACACUGGAUGAGCGUGUGAGGAAUAUUUUGAAGUUGGUCAAGCAUUCGAUCGAGAACACGAGUAUUCCACCGAACGCGCCGGAGACUCAACUCCAGAGUGAGGAGAACAGUCGACUCCUUCGUGAAGCUGCCGCCGAGUCUGUGGUACUACUCAAAAAUGAUAAGGGAGUUCUGCCGCUGGAUCCUGCGAAGCCGGUCGCUGUGAUUGGACCCAAUGCCGACAUCAGCACUUAUUGCGGUGGUGGAAGUGCAAGUCUUCGAGCAUACCAUACCGUUUCUCCACUGGAGGGCAUCAGGGGUAUUGCGAAGGACGUUUCCUUUACAAAAGGACUCUACGGUCAUCGAUCACUGCCUCAAAUAGGCAAGCUGCUGAAGACAGUUGGCGAACAGCGUCAAGGAUUCACUUUGCGCAUAUAUAAUGACCCUCCUCCUAGCUCCGGACCAGAUACACGCAAGGUCCUCGAGACGAGGAUUCUUGAUGACUCGAAUAUCUGGUUUGCACUCCAAGACACUGUUGAGUUGGCCAAGAGCGUAGAUCAAGUCGUUCUUUGCGUUGGGACGAGUGGGGAGUGGGAGAGUGAAGGUCAAGAUCGCGAAAACAUGUCUCUUCCUCCCGGUAGCGAUGAUCUGAUCUCCGCAGUUUUGCAAGUGAAUCCCAACACAGUGGUACUCAUACAGAGUGGCACGCCUGUUUCAAUGCCGUGGGUUGAUCAGGCUAGUACCAUUGCGCAAGCGUGGUUCGGCGGUAAUGAAGCCGGGAACGGUAUCGCCGAUGUGCUUUUCGGUGCUAUGAACCCUUCCGGCAAACUGCCAAUCACCAUGGCAAGACGCGUGUCAGACAACCCCAGUGCCUUGAGCUUCCGAUCAGAAGGUGGACGCGUUCUGUACAGCGAAGAUGUGCAUGUCGGCUAUCGCUGGUAUGACACGCUCGACAUUGAACCUUUGUUCCCCUUCGGACAUGGUUUGUCAUAUACUACCUUCACGCUCUCUGAUCUUUGUGUCGAAGAGCACGGAGAGUCGGAGAGCAAGAAGUUGAUAGUGAGCGUCAAUGUGACUAACACUGGCUCGCGAUCAGGCGCUGCGGUCGUACAAGUCUACGUCAAGCCACCUCACCCAACACCACUGACUGCUUCUGCUCUUGAUACGAUUACGAGAUCUAGCAAGGAGCUCAAGGGCUUUGCCAAGAUCAAUCUGGUUCCAGGAGCAAAUGGUAGGGCAAGGGUUGAGCUGGAUGUUCUCCGCGCGACGAGCUAUUGGAGUGAGAGAGAGGAUUAUUGGUGCAGUGACGCGGGAGAUUAUACUGUUCUUGUUGGCAUGAGCAGUAGAUCUGGCCGGGAAAAAGCGAGACAGUUGAGUACCAGGGCAUGCGAUGCGUGUCGUGCUCGGCGGAGGAAGUGCGUGUUUCCGAGGGAUGGCGCAGAAACAGCGUCGCAUUGCGUGGGAUGCUCGAGGCUGCAUAUUCAGUGUAGUUUUGACAUACCCACGAGGCCUAGAGGUCCGAAGAGAAGAAGUUACCACGCUCUGGCAGCUCGAUUUGGCACUCGCACAGCUACGAUUAGCCACUGCUCUCAGAUGUGCAUCCGUCUUCGGCCUGCGGAUUACUGGGAUCAUAUCAGCCAUCGAAAGUGGGCUACGGCAUACUGUCUCUCGAUCGGAGCGUUCCAAGUUGGACAGAUCAACCAAAGCCGCAUGUUUGAAGCAGAGUCGAUGCAGCUUGCGAGACUAUUAGGCAUGCAUCUUGUAUCUGAAUACGAGGGAUUGAAUCCGAUUGAGACUCAACUGCGGAAGAAGUCAUUCUGGCUACAGCUCUACACUUUCGCACAUUCCAAGAUCCAACCGGGUAGAUGCAACUACUUGACAUAUCUCGACAACUAUAUCAUCCGAGAUGUCAACUUUGCUGCAUUGGAGCCUCUCAACAUUGUCGACGAGAACAUAACCGAAACAGGAAUCGUCGGCCAGCUUCCAUCAACACCAUCCGUAGGGCUACCAAACAACACUGACUCAGCAGACGAUGCCCCAUUUCACUCCACUACUGUGUUCAUCAUGGCAUCUCGCGCAUUCCUCUUGGGUAUGCGAGAGUCCAUGGUCAAUGAUGGUUGCAACUGCGGGUUUGGUAGAUCCCCAGAGGAGCGUCUAUCGAAGCUGAGAGAUCUCCUUGAUCAACUGCGGUAUAUACUUGAUGGUUUGCCAACGCACAUGCGCCAAUGGGGGCCAGGCGAUAACUACCAACCAUUUGAUAGUAGUGAUAGGCGCCAAGGUGCGUUCACUGAGGCUCAUAUUGAGCAUUUGCAAAAUGAAAGCACCAGAGCCAACCUGCACGUCAGUCACCUAUGGCUCCAGAACUUCCUCCUCGACAAAAUGGACGUCGCACUGCAAGAGAUGAAGGACCGAGAGGGAGAUGACUCAUACAUCGCAACUCAACUCAAACAAAACUGGAAAGACCGUGAAGACGUAUCCCGCCAACUGCUUCAUAUCCUCCACAGCAUCCCUCAUGCGUACCUAGAGCCCAACGGUCUAUAUCUCAUCUACAAAGUGCGCAGCAUUGCCAGUUCCCUUCUCAACUGUCCCUUUGAGAUGGAUAGACAGCUCUCCCGUCGUGUCUCGGAGUACAUCCAGGAAUUUACAAAAGUGCUGUCAUACCUCGAUCGGAGCGAGAUUGUGAAUACAGACGGCUUGAGGAGUUGGAUAGACGAGGGUCAACAUAUUAAUCAUGAUACAUAG